ACACAGCAUGGGGAAAAGUAAGGUUGCAAUAAUGUGGAUGCUUUGGGUCUUGUUUGGCUUGUGCAGCUUGCACUUGCAUGCUGAAGCAAGAACAUCAUCACCUUUUGAAAGAGAAAUCGAAGCCAAAUUGAAGCAACUCAACAAGCCUGCUGUGAAAACCAUAAAGAGUGAAGAUGGAGAUAUUAUUGAUUGUGUCAACAUCUAUGAUCAACCCGCUUUUGAUCAUCCAGCCUUAAAAAAUCAUACUAUCAAGAUGAUGCCCGAUUUUCUGCUAGAGUCCCAAAAUUCAAGCACAGAAGAAGCAUCGGAGUCAAGGACAGUGAUAUUUCAGACAUGGCAGAAAAGUGGAAGUUGUCCAAAAGGAACAAUCCCUAUUCGCAGAAUCCUAAGGGAAGACUUACUCAGAGCUGCUUCUCUCGAUCGCUUUGGGAGGAAAUCCCCUGCACUGUCCAUCCCCAAUGCAGGAGGCAGUUUAUUUAUUCCAGAAAAUCGCUCGUCAUCAUAUCUUGUGACGCUGGGAUACAAUUACAUUGGUGCACAAGCUGAUAUCAAUGUUUGGAAUCCAAAGGUUAAAAUGCCAGACGAUUUCACCACAGCUCAAAUCUGGCUUAAGAACAGCAACAAUCCCUACUUCGAAAGCGUCGAAUCAGGCUGGAUGGUUAAUCCCAAGCUAUAUGGUGACGGAGCCACACGGUUUUUUGCCUACUGGACCAGGGAUUCAUACAGGUCAACCGGUUGCUUUGAUCUUACUUGCUCUGGAUUCAUACAAACUGGGCAGGCAGUGCUUGGUGGUACCAUAGGCCCCAUAUCAUCCCCUUUCGGCCCACAGUAUGAAAUUAACGUUGGAAUGUUCCUGGACCCAAACACGGGAAAUUGGUAUCUUAAGUUAAAGAACAACAUCGCUGUAGGGUAUUGGCCAGCUGAAAUAUUGAAUUCUUUAAGGCACAGUGCGAUAUUGGUUGAAUGGGGGGGACAGGUGUCAAGUACAAACAUAAAAAAGGAGACUCCUCAUACGGAAACAACAAUGGGGAGUGGAGAUUUCGCAAGUGGUCGUUAUUCGAACGCAUGCUUCAUGCGAGGUGUGAGGAUUAUGGAUUAUUCGCUUAAGCUUAAGUACCCUGAUCCUGUAACUGCAAUGGCUGAUGAGCCCUACUGUUAUAGCUCCCUCAAUGAAGUCAAAUAUGGGGUCGAACCUAUCUUUUAUUUUGGAGGGCCCGGACGAAGUCCACCCUAUUGUCCUUAAAUUAUCUGCUUCUUUCGUGUAAAUAACAUUCACAAUUAAUAAAAAGAUAUGUAUA